AGAGGCUGGAUCACUUCCGGCCAAGGAGGGGCAACUGGCUCAUAUCUAAGCAGAGGCUUGGAGAGAGCGGACGCUUUCUGGACUCGAGAGGACGAGGCUCAGCUGUUACUUGGCCUCCCAGAAAGAUGGAUAGAAGGAAUGGCUAUGGUUAUAGGAUGCCUGCAUUCCAGGGCCCUCUGCCUCCCUCUGGGAGCCUGGGGCUUCCCUUCCCUCUAGAUGUACAGACUGAGACAAAAGAAGAGGACAAUGUCUUGCUGAUGCAUUCCCUGUUGGCGGCAACCAAGGACCCAUCUGUUGCCAACCGGCCUAAGAAAAGCAAGACCAAGAAGACCCCUGUUAAGGCUAUUGUUAAGUCCACACCUGCUGCCCCUCCAGUCCCAUCUGCCACUGAGAUUGCCACCAAGCCCAAAAUAAGUUUGCAGGCUUUAAACCUACCAAUCUUCUCCCAGAUCAGCCAGGCUUCAGCUACUAGUGAGGCAGCCAGUAUUCAGGCUUCUUCGGUUACUGCUCCACCUAAAAAGGCCAACAAGAUGAAGAGAAUUGCUGCCAAGGCAGCCCUGGUCUCCCAGUGUUGCCCGUCAGACAGUGAGGGUGUCACUAACCAACUGAAGUCACCUUUGCAGGCUCCAAACCUAUCAGUCAUCUCACAGACUAUCCAGGCUCCAACUGCCAGUGAGUCCGCCAAUUCUCCGGCCUUUGUAGCCUCCACCAAGCCUAAGAAAACUUCCAAGGCUAAGAAGGCUGCAAAUAAGGCUCUAGGUAGUGCUAGUGAAAUCUCACUAGCUACAGCUGCCACCCAUACAGCGACUACCCGUGGCCAAAUUACCAAUGAGACAGCCAAUAUCCAGUCCACAACAUCCACUGUCAGAACCAAGAAAGCUUCCAAAGCCAAGAGGACUACUGUUAAGGCUACAGAUACUGAUACUGAAUAUCUUGAGUCCCCAAAUGCCACUGAGACAGCUACUAGGCAGAUUGAGACCUCAGCAGCAGCUCUCCGGCCCAAAAAAUCUAAGGGCAAGAAGGUUGUCAGUAAGUGCCCAAAUUCUGUUUUUGAGGUCUCUGAGGCUCUGUCUGCCACUCACAUGGUUACGAACCAAGCCCUAGCAGCCAGCCUUCGGGUCAAGAGAGGGUCUCGGGCUCGAAAGGCUGUCACAAAGGCUCAGGGAACUGAAAGCGAGACCCAGAUUGCUGACCAGGGGAGCCAGGCCAAGAUGGCCCCCUCUCAGUCUAGUUUAAAUGCCCUUGAGACUCAGGUUGCUACUGCUGUCCAGGCCCUGGCUGAUGACUAUCUGGCUCAGUUGAGUCUGGAACCCACAACUAGGACCCGGGGCAAGAGGAACCGAAAGUCCAAGCAUCUGAGUGGGGAAGAGAGAAGUGGCAUUAAUUACAGGAGGAUCCCAUGGGGCCGAAGGCUUCCACCACCCCGAGAUGUGGCCAUUUUGCAAGAAAGGGCAAAUAAGUUGGUGAAAUACCUCCUGGUUAAGGACCAGACAAAGAUCCCCAUCAAGCGUUCAGACAUGCUGAAAGAUGUCAUCCAAGAAUAUGAUGAAUAUUUCCCAGAGAUCAUUGAAAGAGCAAGCUACGCUCUGGAGAAGAUGUUUCGUGUCAAUCUGAAGGAAAUCGAUAAGCAAAGUAGCUUGUAUAUUCUCAUCAGUACUCGGGAAUCCUCUGCAGGCAUACUGGGAACGACCAAGGAUACACCCAAGCUGGGCCUCCUCAUGGUGAUUCUGAGUGUCAUUUUUAUGAAUGGCAACAAGGCCAGUGAAGCUGUCAUCUGGGAGGUGCUGCGCAAGUUGGGGCUGCACCCUGGGGUGAGGCAUUCACUUUUUGGGGAAGUGAGGAAACUCAUCACAGACGAGUUUGUGAAGCAGAAGUACUUGGAAUACAAGAGGGUCCCCAACAGCAGACCACCUGAAUAUGAGUUCUUCUGGGGCCUACGCUCUUACCAUGAGACUAGCAAGAUGAAAGUCCUCAAGUUUGCCUGCAAGGUACAGAAGAAAGACCCCAAGGACUGGGCUGCUCAGUAUCGGGAAGCGGUGGAGAUGGAAGUCCAAGCUGCAGCUGUGGCUGUGGCUGAGGCUGAGGCCAGGGCUGAGGCAAGAGCCCAAAUGGGGAUUGGAGAGGAAGCUGUGGCUGGGCCCUGGAACUGGGAUGACAUGGAUAUUGACUGCCUAACAAGGGAAGAGUUAGGUGAUGACACGCAGGCCUGGAGCAGAUUUUCAUUUGAAAUUGAAGCUAGAGCCCAAGAAAAUGCAGAUGCCACCACCAAUGGCAACUUCAACCAAGAAGCUAGCACCAGGGAUAGCUUCAGUGAUGGUGCUAGUAUGAGCUUCAAUGGCGCGCCCAGCUCCGGUGGUGGCUUUGGUGGUGGAGGUGGUAUUACCUUUGGUGAUGCACCCAGCACGAGUGCAAGCUUCAGCAGUGCAGCGAGCAUUAGCUUUGGUGGCGCACCUAGUACCAGUGCCAGCUUCAGCAGCGUAGCCAAUAUUAGUUUUGGUAGCGCACCCAGCACUAGCACUAGUUUCAGUGGUGGAGCCAGCAUCAACUUCGGUGGCACUCCCAGUACCAGUGCCAAUUUCUGCAGCACAGCCAGUAUUACCUUUGGUGGUGCACCCAGUACUAUUACCAGUUUCAGUGGUGGAGCGAGCAUUAGCUUUGGUGGCGCGCCCUGCACUAGCACUAGUUUCAGCAGUACAGCCAGCAUUAGCUUUGGUGGUACACCCAACACUAACACUAGUUUCAGCGGUGGAGCUAGCAUUAGCUUUGGCGGUGCACCCAACAUGAGCACUAACUUCAGUGGUGGAUCAAGUAUUAGCUUUGGUGGUUCACCGAACACGAGCACUAGUUUCAGUAGUGGAGCGAGCAUUAGUUUCGAUGGUGCACCUUGUACCAAUGCCAGUUUCAGUGCUGGAGCCAGCUCUAGCUUUGGAGACACACUCAACAGCACAACAGCUGCCUUCAGUGGUGCACUUAGCACCAGUACUAGCUUUGGCACUGCAUCCACCACGAACACUGUCUUCAGUGGUGCACUUAACACCAGCACUGGCUUUGGAGGCACACUUAGCACCAGCGUGUGCUUUGGUGGCUCUCCCACCCCUGGCUCCAGCUUUGGAGGCACACUUAGUACUAGUAUCUGCUUUGGUGGCUGUCCUAGCACCAGCAUACUUAGCACCAGUGUCUCCUUCGGUGGCUCUUCUAGUACCAGUUCUGACUUUGGUGGCACACUAAGCACCAGCAUCUGCUUUGGUGGUUCUCCCAACACGAGUGCCAGCUUUGCUGGCGCACUAAAUAGCAGUGCUGGCUUCGGUGGUGCAAUCAGCACCAGUGCUGCCUUUGGGGAUGCUGUCAACACAAGUGCCAGCUUUGGCAGUACACUCAACAGCAGUGCUGGCUUUGACAGUGCUAUCAGCACUGGCGUGAGCUUUAGCGGUGCGUUCAGUAGCAGUGCCGGCUUUAACGGUGCCAUCAAUACCAGUGCUGGUUUUGAUGGUGCUGUCAGUACUAGUACUGGCUUUGGAAGUGCACUCAAUAGCAGUGCUAGCUUUGGCAGUGUCAUUAGCACCAGUGCCAGCUUUGGUGGUGCACUCAACAAUUCUGGCUUCAGCAGUGCACUCAGUACCAGUACUGGCUUUGGCAAUGCUCUCAACACUAGUGCCAACUUUGACGGAGCACUCAACACCAGUGCUGGCUUUGGUGGAGCUGUCAGCACCACUGCUGGCUUCAGUGGUGUACCAAGCACUAACCCUGGCUUUGGCAGUGCGUUCAGCACCAGUGCUGGCUUCAGUGGGACACUCAGUACCACGACUGAUUUUGGUGGUACUUCCAGCAGCAACAUUGGCUUUGGUAGUGCUCCCAGCACCAGUGUCAGCUUCGACGGUGCUCACAGCACCAGUCUGUGUUUUGGUGGAGCUCCCAGCACCAGCCUCUGCUUUGGCAGUGCAUCUAACACCAACCUAUGCUUUAGUGGCUCUCCUAGCACCAGUGCCUGCUUCAGUGGUGCUACCAGUGUCAGUUUUAGUGAUGGACUGAGCACCAGUGCCGGUUUCAGUUUUGGCAAUGGGUUAAGUACCGGUGCUGGAUUUGGAGGGGGACUGAGCACCAGUGCUGGCUUUGGUGGCAGCCUGAGCACUACCACUGGCUUCAGUGGUAGUUUGGGAACCAGCACUAGCUUUGAUAGUGGCCUAGGCACCAAUACUGACUUCAGUGGUGGACUAAACACCAGUGCUGGCUUUGGUGGUGGACUGAGUACUGGUGCUGGCUUCAGUGGUGGACUAGGUACCGGUGCUGAAUUUGGUAGUGGACUAGGCAGCAUUGCUGGCUUUGGUGGCAGACUAGGCACCGGUGCUGGCUUCGGUGGUGGAUUAGGCACCAGCACGGGCUUUGGUGGCGGGCUGGUCACUACUGAUGGCUUCGGUUGUGGACUGGGUAGUAGCGCUGGUUUUGGCAGCACACUUGGGACUUGUGGAGGCUUUAAUGGUGGCCUUGGCACCAGCGAUGGCUUUGGCAGCAGGCCUAAUGUCAGCUUCGACAGAGGACUGAGCACCAUCAUUGGCUUUGGCAGUGGUUCCAACACCAGCACUGGCUUUCCUGGUGAACCCGGCACUGGUGCCAGUUUCAGUAGUGGACCAAGUUCUGUUGUUGGCUUCAGUGGCGGACCAAGCACUGGUGCUGGCUUCUGCAGUGAACCAAGCAUUGGUGGCUAUGGUGGUGGACUGAGCACUGGAGCUAGCUCUGGCGGAUCAAGCACUGGAGCUGGCUUUGGUGGUGGACUGAGCACCAGUAUUGGCUUCAGUGGCGGACCAAGCGGCAAUGCUGGCUUCGGCGGUGGACUGAACACCAGUGCAGGAUUCAGCGGUGGACCGAGUACCGGUUCUGGAUUCGGCGGUGGACCAAGCACUGGUGCUGGCUUUGGUGGUGGGGCCACUAGUCUUGGUGCCUGUGGCUUCUCUUACAGCUAGUAAGGUUUCAGGUGUAAUGUUUACAGAUAAUCGCUAGUGAAUUGCAGCAUUCCUUCCCAUGGAGCCAAGGUACAGCCUUGGAAUCUGUCCUCACAGCAGUCUGAGCAGCCACUACCAAUCAGCUAAGAGUGACACGCCAUGAAAAAAUCUGUUUUCUCUUCUUGCUCUAUUGUUCGCUUUUUGUGUGCUGUCAUAUUUUGGUAUCAGAGUUACAUUAAAUUUGCAAAAUGAA